UGCCAUACGGCGAGUAUCGCCGGAUUGGAGUGAAGUUACAAGUGUACGCGAUGGAAUUACGUGAAACAAAGAGUGUAAUAUGCUGCCUGCUGCUAGCCGGGCUGCUUCACGCAGCGUUCGUCGCUAGCGCGGCCACAAACAGUACCGUUCCGGCUGUCGGGAACGUCACGGUUACGAAUGAAACAUACCCGGUGCCGCACGUCCGCAACGGGACGGUUGGAAAUCGAACGCGAACAAACCGCCAAAUCAUGUACCCGUACGGUGGUGGCGGCCUGCUGCAAACCGGUGGCAUAAUGCCGAUCGGCGGCAUCAUGACGGCUGGUGUCGGCUCCACCAUCAACUGUCCCGCCGGCACCCAGCUACAGAAUGGGCAGUGCGUGCAGCGCGUAUCGUACUGCGGCGCGGGCUACAAUCUGGUCGGCAACACGUGCGUCGGCCAAGCAACCUGCCAGGCCGGCUACACGCUCCUCAAUGGCCAGUGCCAUCUGCAGGCCCCUUGCGCUACGGCAACCUGCGGACAGGUGGCGGUUGCACCGCCUGUCAUUGUCCAUCAGCCACCGCCGACAGUGGUACAACCUCCGCUACCGCCACCACCGCCCCCGGUCGUGACGUGUACGUGCGAGUCCGGCUACACGCAGGUGGGCGACCAGUGCGUCAAGUACGAGACGAAACAGGUCGACAUGCAGACGGAGGAAGGCAGCCAGCUGGAGGCACUGACCUGCCCGGCCGGGUACGAGCUGAACUACGAGGAGUGCAUCCAGCACAGCAACCAGGAGGCACGCUGUACGCGGGGAAUGCGGCGCGACGACGUGUGCGUCGUGCCGGCCGAAUGCCGCUACCCGUACGCGAUCGACGAGUACGGGCGGUGCGUGCGGAACAUGAGUGCGCCGGCCAGCUGCCCGCCCGACACCCGGCUCGUCGGCGGCGUCUGCCUGUACAGUACGCCCCAGUGUCCGGCCGGCUACCGGCAGGAGGGCGGCAUCUGCGUCCAGCGCGAACAGGUCCCGAUCAGCUGCGAGGAGGGCGGCUCGCUCCAGGGCGGGCUGUGCGUCGUGUCCAGCCCGGAAUGUCCGCCCGAGUACCGGCUGUCCGGGGGCCAGUGUGUGCUGGAGCGCCGCACAACGCCCCGCUGUCCGCCGGGCACGCGGCCCCAGAACGGCGUGUGCGUGGUGCAGGAGCUGAACUGUCCGCCCGGCUUCCAGAGCCGCCCCGGGGGCGUUUGCGUGAAGAAGGAGAACCGUCCGGCGACCUGCCCGUCCGGUGCCCGGCUGGUGGGGGACGUGUGCGAGUCCGAGCAGGACGUGUGCCCCCGCGACUACAAGCUCGAGUACAUGCAGUGCGUCCGGUACAGCCAGCGGCCCGCCACCUGCCCGCGGGAGAUGCGCAUGCAGGCGGGCGAGUGCAUCUCCUCGUCGGUCAGCUGCGAGACGGGCUUUACGCUGCGCAAUGGUGAGUGCGUGCGGGAGCUGACCGCCCGCCGGACCUGCCCGCCGGGCAGCGUGAUGCGCGACGACCAGUGUGUGGUGGGGGAGCCGCGCUGCGAGACCGGAUUCACGCUGCGCGAUGGCGUCUGCGUGCAGCACCUCCGGGAGGAGCCACGCUGCCCGGCCGGCGCGCAGUACCGCAACGGGAAGUGUGUGCUGCGCGUGGACGACUGUCCGGCUGGGGCAACGCGCCGCGACGGGGACUGUGUGCGGGGCGAGCAGGUGUCGCCGAGCUGCGAGGCCGGGUUUGCGUACGUGCGCGAGCGCUGCCUGGCGAAGGUGCAGUGCGAGUACGGCUACAACUACAACGCGAAGGAGGCGAUGUGCGUGCGCAUGUCGCGCACGACUAUGACCUGCCCGGCCGGUACCGUGCUGGAGGGCGAGCGGUGCGUUACGCGCGACAUGAUCUGCAUGGACGGGUACACGCUGCAGGAGGGACAGUGCGUGAUGCGCAUGACGACGGCGCCGGUCUGUCCGCCCGGCACGACGCUCAGGGGGAGCCGGUGCCAGAGCAGCGUCGCGGCCCAGUGCCGCGUCGGCACGGUGCCAGUGAACGGGGCGUGCGAGACGCAGGAGACGGCCUACCCGAGCUGCCCGGCCGGCUACCAGUACUCGGCGGGCCAGUGCCACGGCACGACCGUCACUGCCGUCGCCAGCCCGGCCGUGGCCCCGAGCCCGUGCGCGUACGGCAUAUGCGCCAAUCCGUGCAUGACGGGCGCGUGCGGCAUCCCGUGCGCUACCGGCUGUGCGGCGGCGGCCCAGACCCAAACGCAAACGCAAAUGACGGCCUCGGUCCAGGCGGCGGCCUGCCCGGCCGGCUUCACCAUGCAGAAUGGUGUCUGCUCGCGCCGGUCGCUCCUCGCGAUGGAGUGUCCGCCCGGCUACACGAUGGACGGCGGACAGUGCAUCGUCUACCACACGAUGACGUGCGCGGCGGGCAGCUUCCUGCAAGGGGACCGGUGCGUGCGGCUGCAGACCCGGCCGGCCGUGUGCCGGGACGGCUACCAGCAGGCGGGCGACCGGUGCAUCCACACGCGGCCUACCUGCCCGCCCGGCUACCGCAACAUGGAGGGCGCGUGCGUGACGCUGACCGAGCGGCCGGCAACCUGCCCGCCCGGCAGCACCAAGCGCAACGGGUUCUGCGUCGGCACGCUCAGCUGCCCGCCCGGGUACUACCUGCACCGUGGGACGUGCCAGCGCGAGGAGCAUACGGCCAUCACCUGCCCGCCCGGGUUCGUGUACGCGGACGGGGAGUGCAUUGCGCACUUCAGCUGCUCGGCGGGCUUCCGCCUCGAGGGCAACAUGUGCGUGCGGACGGAGCAGCGCACCGUUUCGUGCCCGAUGGCGGCCCGGCUCGUGCGCGACAUGUGCGUGGUGGGCAUACCGAGCUGCGAGCACGGCUACGACUACGUGGGCGACCGGUGCGUGAAGGUGGAGUACCGCAGCCCGAUCUGUCCGCCCGGCACGCGGCUAAGCAAUGGGGUGUGCGUGCUGGUGCGGCCACCGCAGUGUGAGACGGGCUACACGUUCUCGGCCGGCCAGUGCACGAUGCUGGACCGGCGGCCGAUCAACUGCCCGUACGAGUUCCAGAUCGUGGGCAACCGGUGCGUCUCCCAGCGGCUGCUCUGCCCGGCCGGGUUCGAGCUGAAGGGGCGCGAGUGUGUGCGCGAGGUGCGCGAAACGGUCCGCUGCCCGCACGGCAGCAUGCUGCGGGACAAUCUGUGCAUCGGCGAUGGGCCGGCCUGCGAGCCGGACUACAGCAUGGUGCGGGGCGAGUGCGUCCGCACGAGCUACGGGUCGCCCGAGUGCCCGCCCGGCACGGUCAUUACCGAGGGGCGGUGCGUGCGCAGUGCUACGUGCGCGCCGGGCUACCAGCUCCGCGGCGGACAGUGCGUGAAGCAGCGCGUGGUGAAGCUGGCGUGCGCGAGAGGUUCGAUGAUGGAUGGGCGGUGCGUGGCGCCCGGACCGAACUGUCCGCCCGAGUACGAGCUGCGCCGGGAGGGCUGUGUGCGGCGCGAAACGCGGGAACCGACCUGUCCGUCCGGUGCGACCCUGCAGCAGAACUACUGCGUCAUCGAUCGGCCCCAGUGCCCGGAGGGGUACCGGUACGCGCACGGCACCUGCACGAAGCUGGUCAAGAUGGCGGCCGAGUGUCGCAAUGGCGCUGUGCUGCGGGACGGUAUGUGCGUGACGAAGGUGACCAGCUCGAAGGCGACCUGUUCGGCGGGCUACAUGCUGCAGGGUUCGUCGUGCGUGCGAACGCUCUAUGCGCAGCGCACCUGCACGACCUCGGCGCCGGCCGUACCGUACACGCCGAGCGUCAGCGUCGGCAGCAGCAGCAGCAUCAUCAGCAGCGGUAGCAUCCUGUCCAGCGCACCGACCAUCAUCCAGCAAGCGUCCUACCCGUCGUACGUCUCGGUCGGUUCCCUGGUGGUCCCGGAAGUGCAGAGCAACUACACUACCGACUUUGGGUCGGCACGGCCCAGUGACAGCAGCAGCUUCGAUGACUACUUCACCGGGGAGCAGGCUGGAGGCGGCUUCGAGGACUUCCCGAGCUACUCGAGCGGCAGUACACUGGAGGACACGAGGGAGCCCGGCCUGGCGUCGAGCGUCGCUGGAGGAAGCUUCGAUGACUUCCCGAGCUACUCGAGUGGGGACACGUACGUGCCGCCGGGCUCGGACUACGAGAUGAGGGAGUCCGGGCCGGCGUCGAGCGUCGCGGUCGAGGCCGAAGCGACCGAUGCGAGCGUGGCGCGUGUGAAGCGCUGCACCGUGAUUGGGCCGCGGGUUUGCGUGCGGGACGAGGAGGAACAGUGGUCGUGCGAGCAGACGCACUAUCGCAACAUUGCGUCCAGCUUCUGUGAAAGCGAAAGCACGACGGUGCAGCUGACCGUGGGACAGCAUUUGUCGUACAACGAGACGUUCAUCGUGAUGGCACCGCCGGAACAGGAGGAGGAAGGAUACGGCUACGAGGAGGAGGACGCGGAUGAUGAAGAAGCUGCCAUGGAUUGUGGUGAUUGUGCCGAUCAGAGCUACAGCUGUGUGAAGAAGUGCUACACGUAUGAGGAGUGCACCGGUUGCAGCACGGUCGAGCUGAGUAGCUUCUGCGAAACCCUAUCGUACAGAGCGGCUGGUAGCGAACAAGCACUGUCGCGGGUGUGUGAAUACUUAAAAAUUGAUGCUUGAGCCACACACACACCACCACCACCUCAUCUGCAUCCGAUGUUAUUCAUAAUAGCAAAACUAACCUAAUCCAUGUUAUACACUAGCCGGGUAGGCAAAUAAAAUUAUACAUGUAAUCAAA